AUGUCGAUAUCUAGAUUUACUGGUAUAGAAUUGGGACCACCAAUUGAAGUGUUUUCACUUGUAAAGACUUUUGGAGAUGAUAAAUUUGAAAAUAAAGUCAGCCUUGUAAUGGGCGCUUAUCGAACCAACGAAGGAAAGCCAUGGGUUUUGCCAGCAGUAAAGAAGGUAGAAAAAUUAUUAGCUGAAGAUGAGCUCCAAAACCAUGAGUAUCUUCCAAUCCUCGGUCUGGAAGCAUUUAGCCGGCUUGCAACAGCUAUGUUGCUGGGUGAAAAUUCCCAAGCGAUUAUUCAGGGCCGAGCAUUCGGUAUUCAAUCGCUGUCAGGCACUGGAUCUUUGCGAGUUGGAGCUGAGUUUUUAUCAAGAAUUUUCCACUAUGAUACUUUUUACUACAGCACACCUACAUGGGAAAACCACAAACUGAUAUUCACCAAUGCAGGCUUCAAAAAAGGAUGUGAAUAUCGUUACUGGAAUGCUGAAACAAAGAGCGUUGAUAUUGAAGGUAUGCUGCAAGAUUUAAGAGACGCUCCAGAAAAUUCAGUGAUAAUUCUUCACGCUUGUGCCCAUAACCCGACUGGGUGUGACCCGACUCACGAGCAAUGGAAGCAAAUAGCCGAUGUUAUUGAGCAAAAGAAAUUAUUUACAUUUUUCGACAGCGCCUAUCAAGGCUUUGCCAGCGGAGAUGUUGAUCACGACGCCUACGCCCCUCGGCUCUUCGCUGAACGCGGGAUGGAAUUUUUCUGCGCUCAAAGUUUCGCUAAAAAUUUUGGAUUGUACAAUGAACGAGUUGGCAAUCUCGUUGUUGUUAUGAACAAUCCCAAGGAAGUUGCUCAAGUUAAAUCACAAUUGACUUUGAUUGUUCGUGGAAUGUACAGCAACCCUCCAAAUCACGGUGCUCGUAUCGUUGCUACUGUUUUGGGCAAUGAUGAUUUACAUGAGGAAUGGAAAGAUCAUAUUCGUGUGAUGUCCAGCAGAAUUAAAUUGAUGAGAAAAGCAUUAUACGAUAGACUGUUGAAAUUAAGAACUCCUGGAAAUUGGGAUCAUAUUAUCAAUCAAAUAGGAAUGUUUUCUUACACUGGGUUGACUGAACGACAAGUUGCGUAUUUAAAGGACCACUAUCAUAUCUACAUGCUUAGAAGUGGACGUAUUAACAUUUGCGCGCUAACAGACAAAAAUAUUGAUUACGUGGCUAAUGCUAUUCAUGAUGCUGUUACAUUAUUUGCGGACCCAAAUAAAAAUUCCGUUUAA